UAGAGGAAUAAAAUAUUUUUUAAUCGUAUUUAAUUAAUAAAUAUACAUAUAUUCAUACAUAAAUAUAUAAGACAAUGAAGAAGAAUAUAAUUUUCCGCUUGACUUUAAUGUUAAUCAGCAGUGACCUCGAUGUUAUAUGGGGACAAGAUUACUUUGAAGUUAUGAAUGAACAGCAGUGGCACAAUAACCAAGCAAGAAAUGCAGUAACUAAAAAACCGGAAGUAAAUUUUACGCCAAAAGUAUCAAUACCUAAUACAAUUAAAAGUACGGUAGAAAAAGUUACUAGUAAUUCAGGACAAGAAGUAGAGUGCCGUGGAAUGACUAAAACAUUGAGCAAAAUGGGUAAGGAUGUAAUAUGUAAACCGCGACCGACGUUGGUUAAAUUGAAUCCUGACUCUGGAUACAUUUAUAUUCCCGACGUGAUCUUAAUAGAUCGCUGCGACGGACGGUGUGGUCAUGAGAGUCAGUCCUGCAUGCCUAUAGAGACAGUCAGUACCCGUGUCUUGGUACAGAGAAUGCAAAUAGGCUCUUUACACUCUCCUUGCUGGGAAAUUCAAGUUGAAAAACAUACAAGAUGCAAAUGCGAUUGUCAACUCAUGUCGAGUGAUUGCAAUUCCCGGCAGAAGUAUAAUCAAGAUGACUGUACAUGCGAGUGCAGUAAUAUCAAGGAGAUGUUGGAUUGUUCGCUGAAGGAAGACAUGUUUUGGAAUCAUGAUACUUGUCGUUGUUCUUGUUUAGCAGAGGAAGAGACUUGCUCGACUGGAUUAAUGUGGAUCCCUUCGCUGUGCAGAUGCGCUAAAGUUAUGAUGGGCAACGAAGUUCCCCGAGAUUAAAAAUCAAUUAAAAACAAUGUAAUUAUGACAUUGAUGCUGAUG